AUGCAGGUUUCCUUAUUCUAUACGCGCAUAUACCCCGCUGCAGAUAUAGUUCCAGAUAUGGGGAUGACGUUUCGCAAUCGGCCCGCGACUUUUCAAGCCGAAGUCCUCGAUCUCAGUCUUUCGCCAGAGAGCACCGCCAGGAUUAUCCAAGACUGCGAUAAGAAAUACGGCCCUAUAUCUCACAUGUAUGCGCUCGCUGGUUGUCCUAAUCAGAAUAGGCGCAACCCGCACUGGGGAAUGGAUGCGACGGUCGACCUGAUGAAGAUUAACCUCUUGGGAGUCGCCUCUGUCGUUCUGUCCAUGUACGAAUGCAUGAGGUCUAUUCGCUACGGAAAGAUUUGUAUCAUCGGCUAUAUUUCUGAGAGGAACAGCCCCCCCGACAUGAUCUCCCUCGCAUCAACUAAAUCGUUCAUGACCAUUUUCUCUUCCAAGCUCCAUGUCCGUGCUUCCACAUCCAACAUCGACGUCGUCGACCCCGAAUUUAUCAACAGUCGCAUAGCAAAGACAAUCGGCGCAAACGCUACUAACCAUGCAGGUCCAUAG